GUUGAGCUUUCCAAACGUUGAUAAAUUAACAUGAAUAUGUUAAGAGUGUUGUAAGAUCAAAUUAAAAACUGAAAAAAUGAGGGAUCCGGAUGCGAUGAUCGUCAUCGAAGGCGGUGAAUUUACAUUUGUUUGUAAUAUAAAAUUGUAAUAGCAUAAAAAAACAAAGAUAAAAAGAUUGCUUUUGUGUCAAGUUUUCUAGUCAACCAAAAGGAACGUAGAGAUUCUUUUUGUUUCCUCUUUUGGUGUUUGUGUUAGUGUGGGGUGUCAUUUUUGUUUCUUUUUGUGGAGUGAGUUUUUAGAAGAGUUUGGUGUUUUGUAUUAAGGGGAAAAAAACCUGGCGAUUUUGUAUAUCGUUGUGGCUGUUGGCAGAUGUCUUUGCAACCUCGGCCAUUGCAGCGUUUGGCUUAUAAAGAAAUGAUGAAUAGAUGGAAACGAAUUGGAUUCAUUGUGAUAACCUUUUUGUUCUUGAUUCAAUGCUUCAUGACUGAAGGGUCUUUGGCCGUUGAUUCUGAUGGUUUGGCUUUGUUGGAAUUUCGAGCCAGAAUCGAUUCUGAUCCUUAUGGUGCGUUUGCAAACUGGAAUUCCAAUGACAGCACCCCAUGCUUCUGGUGGGGGAUUCAUUGUGUCGAUGGUAAAGUACAAAUGCUGGAUCUGGCUGCUCUUUCUUUGGAAGGAACAUUGGCACCUGAGCUGGGGAAAUUAAGCCACUUAAGAUCACUUGUUCUCUACAAAAACCGUUUCUCCGGUGCCAUUCCAAAGGAGUUCGGAGAGCUUACGAAGCUGGAGCUAUUAGAUUUGAGGGAAAAUGAUUUGGGUGGAACAAUUCCAGCUGAAAUAGGAAAAAUGUUAUCUCUUAAACGCUUGUUACUUUGUGACAACAAGUUGGAGGGUAGCAUCCCUUCAGGUCUUGAGAGGCUUAACUUGCUCUCUGAACUGCAGUUUGAUGAAAACCUUACAUCGAUGUCAGCUACCGGAAUUGGUUGUGUAAAUAGGAAGUUUGGACUAUGCCUAUGGCAAAGCAGUUUGAAACAACUGAGCAGAGUGGGUUCGUUGCUCAUGCCGAUCAGAGGAGCUCUCAUACAUUACCUCAAUGCUUCUCCAUUAGCACAGUAUGAACUUGUAUAUCUUUUUAAUUUCUUCUCCAUGCAAAAGGACUCGCUGGCCGAACAUCAAGACGAUUGCUGCCAGAAUGUGCCUGGUUUGUCUGAUCAACAAAUGGGUCAUAACAUACAAGAUGUCCCUUCUGCACGUCGUAGGCUGCUUGAGCAGUCAAAGAACCUCCCAGCUCUACCUUCUGCUAGCAUGUCGUCCAACAAUCAGAUCAUUUCUCUGCCAACUAACCGAAGUAGUGGGAGUUUCCCCGCGGUGCCAAAGGAAAAAAAUAAACAUCGACCUUCACCAGUUGAACUGCUUCCUCCUGAGACUGAUACAACGGGUGUAGAAGCAGAUGCUGAACAACCUUCAGGGUCUGGUUCCAGUAGUUCAUGGAAAUUUCUCAUUAUCAUUCCCUGUGUGGUCAUCUUUCUUGUGUUUCUGGUGUUUCUGUUCAUGUAUCAUAAACGAGCUGCAAAAACGAUCGGUCCCUGGAAAACCGGAUUAAGUGGACAGCUUCAGAAAGCUUUUGUUACAGGAGUGCCUAAGCUAAACCGAGCGGAACUCGAAACAGCUUGCGAGGAUUUUAGCAAUAUAAUUGACACAAUUGGAGGUUGCAGAGUUUACAAAGGGACACUUUCCAGUGGGGUUGAGAUCGCUGUUGCAGCUACUAGCACUUCUUCUUUAAAAGAUUGGUCCAAAAACUCAGAGAAAGCCUAUAGGAGAAAGAUCGAUAAAUUGUCGAGAAUUAACCAUAAGAACUACGUCAACCUCAUUGGCUACUGUGAGGAGGAUGAACCUUUCAACAGGAUGAUGGUGUUUGAAUAUGCUCCAAAUGGAACCCUUUUCGAGCAUCUGCAUGUUAAAGAAAUGGAACAUCUUGAUUGGAAUGCAAGGAUGAGGAUCAUCAUGGGGGUGGCUUAUUGUCUUCAAUAUAUGCACCAUGAUUUAAAUCCACCCUUAGCGCAUCCAAACUUAAGUUCAUCUUCUAUCUAUCUAGCGGACGAUUAUGCUGCAAAGCUAGGGGAAAUUGGUUGUUUGUCGCCUGCACUGAAGUCUGAGACCUUAGGUGGUGCUGAAUCACAACAUUCAUCUGAAUUGCCACCUUUUGUUGAUUUAGAAGCGAAUGUCUAUAGCUUCGGAGUAUUGUUACUCGAAACCAUUUCCGGGAAGCUUCCGUACUCCGAAGGACAAGGACCGAUCGAGAAAUGGGCAGAUGAAUACCUGAUGGAUAAAUCAAAGAUGAGCUCGAUGAUUGAUCCAACGCUUGAAUCGUUCAAAACUGAAGAACUUGAGAAAAUCUGUGAGGUUAUCAAAGAAUGCAUCAUAGCAGAUCCAAGGCAAAGACCAACCAUGAAAGAAAUAAUUUCAAAAUUGGGAGAAGUGAUUCAUAUUGGCCGAGAACAAGCUACGCCUAGACUCUCGCCAUUGUGGUGGGCUGAACUUGAGAUUUUAUCAAUGGAAGCUACCUGAUUUUCUCUAAGAUAUCUUUGCAAGUCAAAUUCACAUAUUACUUUGUAUCAAAAAUGGAAGAAUAUAGCUUUUGGUCA